AUGCUUAAUAAUAGUAAUUUUUUUGAUUCCAAUGAAAAAAACUUUAAUGACAAUAAAGAUUUAAUAGAACAAAAGCAAGCACCUCAAAACAGCCAAGGAGAAGAGGAAACAGGAAGAUAUAAAGGAAUGGAA